AUGAAUGAAACCACAGAUAAACUUAACUCUUCUCUCAUUCUUCCUUUCAGCAAAGAUUAUGAGUUCUGUUCAAAUGGUGUGUAUUUCUAUUGUGGAAAGAUGGGUUCAGGUAAGACAUUUAACCUCAUUCGUCAUAUACUCAUAACAGAGCGUUUAGGAAACGACUCUUACUAUGACCAAAUCAUUAUAUCAGCAACUUCAGACUCUAUGGACUCAACAGCGAAAACAUUUAUGAGUAAAGUUCAAGCAUCUGUCGUUAAAGUUCCAGACAGUGAACUCAUUGAAUUUCUUCAACGUUACAUUCGACGUAAGAGAAAAUAUUAUGCUAUUGUAGAGUUCAUACAGUCAGGAAUGCAAAAGACUUCAGAAGAGAUGGAAAGAAUUAUUGA